GUCAGCUGACUGCAGCAACAAACUUUACAAAACUUCUCACCACAUCCUUUUCAUACUUCUUUCAGUUUAGAUGACUGUUGAAUGUUCCAAAACUAUUAUAGGUGAUUGAAGUUGGUUUCAAUAUGGCUUGGACUAGCUACCAAUACUCAUUGGCGGUCUUAAUGUUAGUCACUGGUUCAAUAAAUACAAUUAGUACGAAAUGGGCAGAUUUGAUGACAUCGCCAGGAAGAGAGGGAGAUACAAGCAGAAAAUUUGACCACCCUUUUCUACAAGCAUGUGGUAUGUUCCUUGGUGAGAUGGCCUGCUUGCUAACCUUCAAGCUUGUAUGGUUCUACAAGCAAAGAAAAGGAAAGCACUACGAUGUUGGACCUCAGGAAUUCACACCUUUUGUGAUGCUUCCCCCAGCGCUCUGUGACAUGUGUGGAACAUCAAUCAUGUAUGUCGGUUUGACCCUCACCUAUGCUUCCAGCUUCCAGAUGCUAAGGGGAUCUGUCAUCAUUUUCACUGGUCUUCUCUCUGUGGCAUUCCUUGGCCGAAAACUCCAAGUACACCACUGGCUUGGCAUGUUCCUCGUUUUGAUUGGUUUGGUCUUAGUGGGCGUGGCUGACAUUGUAUUCAAAGAGAAGGAUAGUAAAGACCUAAAUAAUAUUAUCACAGGUGAUUUAUUGAUCAUAAUGGCUCAGAUUAUCACAGCUGUCCAGAUGGUUAUUGAAGAAAAGUUCCUUAGCAAGUAUAAAAUACCAGCCUUACAAGCAGUUGGGUGGGAAGGUUUAUUUGGAUUCUGUGUCCUGUCUGUUUUACUUGUUCCAUUCUUUUAUAUUCAUGUUGGUUCCCUGAGCACUUUGCCAGAGCAUCGUCUUGAAGAUGCUAUAGAUGGUUUUAUACAAUUGGGCAACAAUAAGCUUCUCAUUGUGGCAUUCCUGGGAAAUAUGAUAAGUAUCGCUUUCUUUAACUUCUCUGGGAUCAGUGUCACCAAAGAGAUGAGCGCCACCACUAGAAUGGUGCUAGAUAGUCUCCGAACACUUGUUAUAUGGUGUUUUAGUUUGGCUGUUGGCUGGGAGAAAUUCAGUGGGAUUGCUGGUUUUCUGCAGUUACUCGGUUUUGUGAUCCUCGUGUCUGGCACUUGUGUUUACAACAAUGCUGUGUGUGUUCCACUUUAUGAGCGCUACAAACAGAAGAGGAAUUCAUUAGUGGUAUACAACUCAGAUGAACAGAAACCCAUUCUAGAUCAUGGUUCGAUUCAGAAUGCAGGAAGCAUUAGUUACAAUAGUAAAGAUGGUCGUUACCCACAAAUUUAAAGGAAAACAUUAAUUGUAUUGAAUUCAUUAAAAAGAAUUAGAUAAGGAAGAACUGCAGUAUAUUUUUAUGUAAUUAAAAAAUCAUAGAAAAUAAGUAAAAUGGCCUUGAAAUUGUUUUGAACACUGCUAUAACCAUCCACUUCAAGAUGUGUUUUUGUGAAUCAUUUUAGCGUUAAUCUAAUUUUAGCAUUAAUUUCAAACAUAAUCAUAUUAAUGCAAGCCCACUAUCUUUCAUAAUACUGCCAAAAGUGUGCUUUCUUCUCUAUAGGCCUGUAUGGUAUGGUAUGUGAAAUGUAUUAUCCAUGUGACAGUAGUCUUUGUAGAGUAAUGUAUGAAUAUUGUCUAUUUUUAUUUUAGUGUCAUUUUGUAAUUGAAUAGUGCAAUAACAAACAAUACGUUUCAGUUGCUUUUUGAUAUUUUAUGGUUUGUGUGUAAUGAUGACGAUUUUUAUGCUUCCAUUUGUACUUAAAUUUACCUUCAAGAAAUGUUUGCAAUUUUUCAGUAUAUAAUUAUAUUAUCUUUUUAAAAGCUGAAUCGAUUUAUUAUUUUAAUAAAAGGUCCCAGAGAUGACAAUACUUGUAGCAUUUAGUUUUAAUGCAAUGUUAUCAUUUAUUUAUCUAAAAUAAAAAUAUGUAAUCACUUUAAAAUUAAUGUAUAUAAAUGUACUUUUGUUCAUAUUGGUUAGUUGUGUACUGUAUUUACUCAUUAUGUAUCUGUUAUGCAAUUAUAUAAUAAAUUAAAUAUAAAGUAUAA